AUGUUUACAGUGGAAACAACAGAACAUGUGGUGGAAACCGGGGCUAAAGUUAGCGCUGAUAUGGGAAAGAAACGAUUGGAAGAUAGUAUUCCAGUAGUGGAAAUACGAGGUGAAGGGAAACCGAUGUCAGCAGCGCAAAUUAGGGAACUUGAGGAAGCUGCAAACGGGGGUCCUCUGGACAUAAAGAUUGAAAAAACAUGGCGUCCAGCAAAAUGUCCUCGCGCUGCAAAGAGAAAAGAUUUUGUAACAUUCCAUUAUAAGGCGUUCACAGAAGCAGGUAAAAAAUAUGAUCAAACUUAUGGAAGAGAUCCAAUUCGAAUGCAACUUGGAGUUGGAAUGGCAAUGCCAGGCUUGGAUAAGGGUCUUAAAGGCAUGUGCGACACUGAACUAAGGAAACUUCACAUUCCAUACAGGCUUAGCAGGAAGAAGAAGAGCAGAGUUUGGAAGAAUAUUUUGAACGACGAACAUUGGCUAGUUUUCAAUAUUGAAAUGUUGUUGGUCGAGCCUUGGACUAUUAAUGGCCAAUUUCAAUUUCUUGACUUGAAUAACGACACCUAUCUUACUCAGGACGAGCUUGUCAAAUUCCAAGAAAAGAUGAAGAAAGAUUUUGGCAAAACUUGGAGUAAUCAAGACAUUGACCUUGUUGAUGCAGCCAAGUACUAUAUCAAAUAUUUUGAUGCAGACGGCGAUGAAAAGGUUAAUGUCAAAGAAUUUCGAGCAGUCUUUGAACGUGACAUGGCAUCUAUGGCCAGUCACGCGAAGGAGAAGAAACCAGAAGGACGUAGGCGAGACCCAGGAAUAGGAUGGAUACUUGAUUUUAACAACGAUGGAGUUGUUUCCAUUGAGGAAAACAUUCAAGCUGAUGAAGUACUGAAAGGUAAACCAUCAAUUGCACCACCAGUUGUCAAAGAUGAACUAUAA